CUCUUGUUAUUCACCUAGUUGUGAACGUUGUGAAUGUUGCCAGUUGGAGCUCAAGUGGCAGCAAGGAUGUCAAAGGUGGUCCGAGCUUUCAAUUAAACCGUCCCAGUGGAACGCGCCGUACGAUUAGAGCGCGUCGCGAACCACUUUCACGUCGACGACUUGAAGCUUUUGUUGUCGCAUUCAAGCCGCACAACCUCACCAGCCGCAGAACUUAUUUUGCUUACCAGCCGCAUACCAGCCGCAUACAUCCUAUAGCAACCGCCAGCCGCAUCACCACCAUGGCCGACGACGACGGCGCCUGGACGGCCUCCGCCAACGAGGCUUUCGUGAUCUCUCUCGUUGCCCCAGGCUCCAAUGGCAAAGAGUCCAAAUUCCACCCCAGAUUCACAUACCCCAUCUUUGGCGAAGAGGAGGAAAUCUUUGGCUACCAAGACCUCCAAAUCAACCUCCGCUACAAUGCGACCGAUAUGCGCCCCAACCUCCAGAUCAAGUUCAGCAAGCAGUUCCCCGCCAUAGGCGACGCCGAACCCCUCGACAUCAAGGAAGUCCUCUCCGAGUUCCUCCCCGAGGUUGCCUUCCAACCCCUGAAAGAUUGGAAAUCCGAACUUGCCAAGCCCCGCGACGACUGGACACCCCCCGGUGAGCUCCUCACCAGCUUCACCAACAAAGCCGGCCGCUUUGAAGUCUGGAAAGGCUCCCUCUCCGACCCAGCCGUCAAGCAGCUCGUCAAGCGCAUCCAGAUCCUCGUCCCCCUCUUCAUCGAGGGCGGCACCGCCAUCAACGUCGACGAGAAAGACGCCGGCCACUGGACCGUCUUCUUCCUCUACCAAAAGAAAACCGACCCCUCCAACAAGAAACCAACCUACAUCUUCGCCGGCUACUCCACCGUCUACCGCUUCUUCUUCCUCCACCUCACACCAACCCCACCAACCACCCCCCUUUCUGACAACACCUCCCCAAUCAACGACCCCAUCGUAAUCAAGGAAGACUUCCCCCUCGGCACCCCCACAGUCGACAUCACCACCCUCCCCUGCCGCUCCCGCAUCUCCCAGUUCCUCAUCCUCCCCCCCUUCCAGCACCUCUCCCUCGGCUCCCGCCUCUACCACACGGUCUACCAAACCUACCUCUCCCACCCCCCCACAAAGGAAAUCACCGUCGAGGACCCAAACGAGGCCUUUGACGACAUGCGCGACAUCAACGACCUCCGCCGUUUGCGUUCCCUCCCCUCCUUCCAAGCCCUCCAGAUCAACACCUCCACCCCGAUCCCCAAAACAGGGCCCGUACCCAAAAACAUCAUCGACGAGGCCGCCGCCGAAAAGGUACGCAAAGAGGCAAAGAUUACAAAGAGGCAGUUUUAUCGCGUCCUGGAAAUGCAGCUCAUGUCCCGGCUGGGAGAGUCUGUCCGUCCGGGCAUCGGCCUGGACGAGAGCAAAAAAGUUGCCACUGCGACGGAGAGGAAGGAGUACGCGCUCUGGAAGUUGAUGCUCAAAAAGAGGCUGUACGUGCACAAUAGGGACGCGCUUGGACAGCUCCAACUAGAAGAGAGGGUGGAGAAGCUGGGGGAGGUAGUGAAGGGGGUCGAGUUUGAUUAUGCGAGGUUGCUUGUCAAGAUGGAGGAUCAGGAGCAGAAGCUGAGGGAGGAGGGCGAGGGGGUGGUGGUGGUGAUGAAUGGGAAGGGGAAGAGGAAGGCGACGACGGAGGGGGUUGACGAUAAUGGGGAGAGUGUGAAGAAGAAGGCUAGGGUUGAGGAUGAGGAUGAGGAGGAGGAGGAGGAGUAG